CUCUUUGAGAGUCUUUCUGGGUUCGAUAGAGUCUUAUAGUUUUGCUUAGAAAUACACACAAAGAUGUCGUUGAAGCAUCAUCACAGAGGAUUAGAGCUCUCUGCUUCCAAGAGUUUUGUCUCAAAGAAAUGGACUUUAUUUCUAUGUAUCGGUUUCUUCUGCGCAGGAAUUCUCUUCUCCGACAGAAUGUGGCCAGAGCCUGAUGCCAAUGUUGUAUCAAGGGACACAGUAGCGUCAGAUGAGCGGCUGAGGUUAGAGUCAGAGGACUGUGAUUCAUCAAAAAAGGGUUUGAAGCGUGAAUCGAAAGACAUCCUUGGAGAAGUUUACAAGAGUCCAGAUGCAAUUCAAACGCUUGAUAAAACGAUUUCAAAUCUGGAAAACGAAUUGGCGGCUGCAAGAGCUGCGCAAGAAUCCAUCAUGAAUGGUUCACCAGUUUCUGAUGACUUUAAGCUUCCUGAAACUGUCACUAAAAGAAAGUAUCUGAUGGUUGUUGGGGUAAAUACUGCGUUUAGCAGCAGAAAGCGUAGGGAUUCAGUCCGUGCUACUUGGAUGCCUCCCGGUGAGGAGAGAAAGAAGCUCGAGGAAGAGAAAGGGAUUGUGAUGCGGUUUGUGAUAGGCCAUAGUGCUACUCCUGGUGGAAUUCUUGAUAGAGCGAUUCAGGCUGAAGAAAGUAAACAUGGAGACUUCUUGAGGCUGGAUCAUGUUGAAGGUUAUCUCGAGCUGUCAGCAAAGACUAAAACUUACUUUACCACGGCUUUUGCAAUGUGGGAUGCAGACUUCUACGUGAAAGUCGAUGAUGAUGUGCAUGUAAAUAUAGCCACGCUCGGAGCAGAAUUAGCAAGAUACCGGAUGAAGCCUCGAGUCUACAUUGGUUGCAUGAAAUCUGGACCCGUUCUUGCUCAGAAAGGAGUGAGAUAUCAUGAACCCGAAUACUGGAAAUUUGGAGAAGAGGGUAACAAAUACUUCCGCCAUGCCACGGGUCAGCUCUAUGCAAUUUCCAGGGAGUUGGCGUCUUACAUAUCGAUAAACCAAAACGUACUUCACAAAUACGUGAAUGAGGAUGUCUCUUUAGGAUCAUGGUUUCUUGGAUUAGAUGUGGAGCAUGUAGAUGACCGUAGGCUAUGUUGUGGUACAACAGAUUGUGAGUGGAAAGCGCAGGCGGGCAACAUCUGUGUUGCCUCGUUCGACUGGAGCUGCAGUGGGAUUUGUAGAUCAGCGGAUCGGAUGAAGGAUGUUCAUCGGAGGUGUGGAGAAGGUGAAAAGGCUCUCCUGGCUGCAUCUUUCUGAACACAAUAACUAAAGAAACACAUUGAGAAAGAAGAGUACAGAGACAAAUCCGCUCGACACAGUAGUAUAGGCACACAUUCAAAUUGCUCAACACUCUCUAUAUAUGUAUGUAUGUAUGUAUCUUGUGAACUGAGAUGAGAAGGGUGCUUUUUGCCCUCCUUUCUUGUUUCUUUAUGCCUUUUUCAAUUCUCUGAAGCUCUGGAGUUCUUUGCACACAGAAAAUGCAGAUUUUAGCUGCAGAAGGCAGACUCCUUGAGUGCACCAUCAGAGUCACUGCAUUGAGGCGAUUUCUCUGCCCUUUGAGCUUUUCUUCUUCAUUUCUUUUUGGAUUUUGCCUCUUUUGUUCCAUUUUUCUUUUGCCAUGAUUGUGGUGAAACAAGGGCUGUACUUAUGUGUGUACUAGGAACACAAAACUAUCCAAUAAAGAUUAGACCAUUUG